AUGGUUGUCAUCAAAGAGGAUGUAGUGUUACUGCGUUUAAAGUACGUCAAUAAUCGAUUCCAUGGCCGCCAAAGGCUUCACCUCUACUUUAACAAGAAGCUCUUCCCUGUGAGGAAGAAAGGCCUGCAAGCCCCCAAUGUGCUCCCUGAGAGGGAACAGCGUGGCCUCCCCCCAUUCCCUCCCCGCCGCUCAACUCAGUUUAUGGCCGGCUGUGGUUGCUCACUUCAAGGUAGUGUUCUUUUGAACAGAGACUUUGCUGGAGCUCGUGUUACACCUGCCCCCGCUCUAACCUCUCCUCAUUCACACGGCCCUCCGGGACAAGGCCCUUUUCUGUGUCUGCCUGCCCCGCCGCACAAAGCACCCACAAGCCAUCACUGCCAGUGCUAUUUACAGCGCGUACCAGGUACAGGAUGGGUGUACAGAAAUAUCAAACAGCCUGAGAGUGUGUCUGAUCAUAUGUACAGAAUGUCCAUGAUGGCCUUAACCAUACAGGACGUCACUGACUCUGUCAAUAAAGAGAGAUGCAUGAAGCUGGCUUUAGUUCAUGACCUGGCUGAGUGUAUUGUGGGAGAUAUUGCUCCAGCAGACAAUGUUAGCAAAGCAGAGAAACACAGAAGGGAAAGGGAAGCAAUGGUUCACAUCACAGGCCUGUUAGAUUAUGGCUUACGGAAAGAGAUUUACAACUUGUGGGAGGAGUAUGAGACUCAGUCUAGUCCAGAAGCCAAACUGGUGAAGGAGUUGGACCAGCUGGAGUUGAUAAUACAAGCUCAUGAGUAUGAAGAGUUAGAGGGGAAACCUGGAAGACUGCAGGAGUUCUUUACCUCCACUGAAGGCAGGUUCCAUCAUCCGGAGGUGUUGGGCCUGGUGAAGAGUCUGAAUGAGGAGAGAGCUAGACACAUCGCUGCCAGAGGAGAUAAUGAUUCAGAGAAAACCACGGACACAAACUCUCACACACUAGUGACACCAUGAUCUCAGUUCCUGCUACCUCCACACAUCUGUAUCUGAGUGUUCACUUUGUCCAGAUAAGCUCUUUUAGUAUAAUCUUAUUUCACUGCACAGAAGCAUGCAUGGUUUGUGGUUGUUUGAUAUUUGUGUCUUGUUUGUUUGAAUGUUCUGCAGGAGUUUUGAUAAAAAAUAAAUAAAUACAUAUUUUUCUAUUCAAAUUAAAUGGAAAUACUGUCAGAAGUUGAUUUUC